CACUGUUGGAAGUUACUGUAGGGUUUGGACAGGUAACGUCUACCUUUGAACCUCUAUUGCAACAGGUUCAAAGGUUUCAGGGGAACAUUUUGGCCACUCUCAGAACAGGACACAUUGGCUACAGGUGAGGCCCCAUCCCAGCAGCUGUGGAAAGUGUUGGGGAGCCUGAACGUGGUGCUGAACUAUACAGCCGGCUGUGAGGGGCGCGCUUCCCGGACCUAGGAGGAGAGCGUCUGCUUCUGAGCUCUUCAUCUGCUUGGUAACGGAAGACAGCACACAGUGAGGGACCCAGAAGUUAUAGACUGGCUGCCACCUGACACUGAUUCCACUGUCCUCCUGUCUCCUCUGGAGGAAGUUGCCCUUUGGGGAGCUGAGCUCCUGAAACCAAGCAAAAGCCACGUUUCCUCCAGCCAUGAGAUGACCCAGAAGACUGAAGUCCAGGUCUGAAUUUCCUGCUGCUCUUCACAAAAAUGCUUUAUAUCUUGAACUUCUUGUUUUCCCCACUUCCAACGCCAGCACUGAUCUUCAUCCUGACGUUUGGAGCUGCCAUCUUCCUGUGGCUGAUCAACAGGCCUCAGCCCGUCCCCACUCUGGUUGACCUUGACCAUCAGUCAGUGGGAAUCGAGGGAGGAGCGCGGAAGGCUGUUUACCAGAACAACGACCCAAUACGUUACUACUUCUCAGAUGCCAAGACCGUCUAUGAAGUUUUCCAAAGAGGACUCGCUGUGUCUGACAAUGGCCCCUGCUUGGGAUAUAGAAAACCAAACCAGCCCUACAGAUGGCUGUCCUAUAAACAGGUGUCCGAUCGAGCGGAGUAUCUGGGCUCCUAUCUUCUGCAUAAAGGAUAUAAGCCUUCACCAGACCAAUUUGUUGGCAUCUUUGCUCAGAAUAGGCCAGAGUGGAUCAUCGCCGAGUUGGCCUGUUAUACGUAUUCCAUGGUGACCGUCCCCCUGUAUGAUACCUUGGGAGCAGAAGCCAUCACAUAUAUUGUCAAAAAGGCUGAUAUUGCCACAGUGAUCUGCGAUACGCCCCAAAAGGCAUCAAGCCUGAUAGAGAAUGUGGAGAAGGGCCUUACUCCAGGCCUGAAGAUGGUCAUCCUCAUGGACCCCUUUGAGGAAGACUUGAAGCAAAGAGGGGAGAAGAGUGGAGUUGAGAUCUUAUCUCUGUUUGAUGCAGAGCAUCUAGGCAAAGAGAAUUUCAGAAAACCCAUGCCUCCUAAACCAGAAGAUCUGAGCAUCAUCUGUUUCACCAGUGGAACCACAGGUGACCCCAAAGGAGCCAUGCUGACCCAUCAAAACAUUAUUUCAAAUUCUGCUGCCUUUUGCAAGUGUGUGGAGAAUGUUUUUGUGCCUGUUCCUGAAGAUGUGGCCAUAUCCUACCUUCCCUUAGCUCACAUGUUUGAGAGACUCGUACAUGUAAGUGUUGGAUGUUCCCUGCAGAUUACUAUGUACUCCUGUGGAGCCCGAGUGGGGUUCUUCCAAGGAGACAUUCGGUUGCUACCUGAUGACAUGAAGACUCUGAAGCCCACAGUGUUUCCCGUGGUGCCGCGCCUCCUUAACCGGAUCUACGAUAAGGUACAAAAUGAAGCCAAGACACCUUUGAAAAAGUUCUUGUUGAACCUGGCUGUCACAUGUAAAUUCAGUGAAGUGAAAAAGGGCAUCAUCAGACGCGACAGUUUGUGGGACAAGCUCAUCUUUGCUAAGAUACAGGCGUCCCUAGGUGGCAAAGUCCGCAUAAUGGUCACCGGAGCUGCCCCCAUCUCCUCCACCGUCUUGACAUUCCUCCGGGCAGCAAUGGGAUGUCUGGUGUUGGAAGCUUAUGGCCAAACUGAAUGCACUGCUGGCUGCACAUUGUCAUUACCUUGGGACUGGGUGUCAGGCCAUGUCGGAGCUCCCUUGGCUUGCAAUCACGUGAAGCUGGAAGAUGUGGCUGACAUGAACUACUUUUCAGUGAACAAUGAAGGAGAGAUCUGUGUCAGAGGCACCAACGUGUUCAAAGGAUACCUGAAGGACCCUGAGAAGACAGCGGAAGCCCUGGAUAAAGAUGGCUGGCUUCACACAGGAGACAUCGGUCGCUGGCUCCCAAAUGGAACGCUGAAGAUCAUUGACCGUAAAAAGAACAUUUUCAAGUUGGCCCAAGGAGAAUACAUUGCUCCAGAGAAGAUAGAAAAUAUCUACCUCAGGAGUAGACCAGUGCUGCAAAUUUUUGUACAUGGGGACAGCUUACGGUCAUCGUUAGUAGGAGUGGUGGUUCCUGACCCAGAUGUGUUUUCCUCAUUUACGGACAAACUUGGAAUUAAGGGUUCUCUCGAAGAACUAUGCCAAAACCAAGUUGUGAAGGGAGCCAUUUUAGAAGACUUGCAGAAAAUUGGGAAAGAAAGUGGCCUUAAAUCCUUUGAACAAGUCAAGAACAUUUUUCUUCAUCCAGAACCCUUUUCCAUUGAAAAUGGGCUCUUGACACCAACACUGAAAGCAAAGCGGGGAGAGCUUUCCAAAUACUUUCGGAUGCAAAUUGAUAGCCUGUAUCAGAGUCUCCAGGAAUAGAUUAAGUUUGGUGCUGAGCUGGAAGCUAUGGGGAAAGGAGUUGAAACUUACAUCAAGUGCACUUUUCCAAUGAAGCAAGCACUGAGUGAAAAACUUCCUAAACUAGGAACAAAGACCUAUGGGCAAGCAUGAUGUCUGCAUAACAGGCUUAUCUUCUGUGAAGGAACCAACUGAUCUGUUUGUUGUUUUAUCCCGUGGACUCCCAUUCCUGCUGUAACCAACCCCCAGAUAAUGUGUGUUGCUUCUUGUAAAUGUCAAGUCUUUAAAAUAAACUAUUGCAAAUAC